AUGGAUGAUUACUUAUGUAACGAUGUUUACAUCACAACUAGUAGUAAGCUUGAAACAGGAAAAACUAGACUUUUGUUAGCAAGUGACACAAGAAUACUGCUAGAUCCUGGAAAAAGUGUAUCUUGUUACGUUGUUGAUAGAGUAAAACAGUUAAGUGGUCGUGUUAAUAUUAUGUUGGAUUAUGAUGAUUUCAAUUCACAACAUUCAUUGUUCGCUCAACAUGUUGUUAUUGACGAAGUUUGUAAGUACGUCAGAUAUAAUGAACAUAACGGGAAAAGAUUAGUUGAUUCGUUCAACCAUAUAUAUGUAUAUUGUAAAGAAAAAUGUUUAGGAAAAGCAAGGUACGGCUUGAUGAGCGGUCACAGAGGUAUAACAUUCUUAAAUAGUAUCUUAAAUGUAGCAUACAUCAGGUUAACAAGUGAUGAUUUUUACAAGGAUUUGGACAUCGAAUUUGAUUAA